CUUUGAUAAACGUCAAAUAAAAAUAAUCCUUCAGUAUUUUUUUACAAUCGAAAACAAAUAACCUUCGAGGUUAAUUAAAAUCAUUAUUUAUGAGUAAUAAGGUCGAACAAAACCAGUUUUCAUGCUUAUUCUCAACACACUUACGAUUCUACUACAAGUGGCCUUUAUAGUGUCUAUGUCAUUGCUGUCCAUGAAUAUAAUCCGUUAUUUCACUGGUGGUGUUAAAAAGAUGGCUUUAUUCGCUCCUGCUAUGUUUGUAAACCAUGGGGGAGGCCCCAUGCCUCUUCUGGGAGACAAGGACCACGCAGGACUGACGAAUUUCCUUCGAGAUGGAGUGCAAAAACAUUUGAACUUGAAAGAGGUCAAGGCGAUUAUAUUAGUGACUGCUCACUGGGAGGAGAAGGUGGUAACAAUAUCUUCAGGUGAACACCACAAUCUUUACUUCGAUUACUACGGAUUUCCACCAGAAACUUACAAAUAUAAAUACGACGCGCCCGGAGAUCCAGCUCUCGCCGAGCGCAUUCAUCACACGUUGAAAAAGGCGGGAAUCAAUUCAAAAUUGGAUUCGAAAAGAGGUUGGGACCAUGGAGUAUUUGUGCCUAUGAUGUUAAUCAACCCAUCAGCCAGUGUUCCUAUAGUACAAAUUUCUGUACUUUCAAACCAGGACCCAGAACAGCAUUAUAAUUUAGGAAAAGCAUUAUACGAGUUUAGAAAAGAGGGCAUAGCUAUAUUAGGGUCCGGAAUGUCUUAUCAUAAUAUGAGGGAAUUCAUGAUGAGUAUGUCUCAAUCAGUAGUUAAUGAAGAUUUUGAUGAAUUUUUAAAUAAAGUCUGUACGGCAGAGAGUGAAGAAGCGAGGAAGGAAGGAUUACUGUCUUGGAGACAACAGAAGGGUGCUACGGAGGCUCAUCCAAUGCGUGCUGCGGAACAUUUUAUGCCGUUAAUUGUGAUUGCGGGUGCUGGGGGUUCUAAGCCUGGAGAGAGGAUUUUUAACUGGGAUAUGGGUGGUAAAUUCAGAUUAAGCGGAUUUGUAUGGAAAGAGGAAUAAUUUAUCGGCAAAGGUGGGCGUUAACUUGUUAAUUGUUAAUUAAUGAAGUCAACCAACAGAUUAACUUUUAAGGCCUGGUUGUUCAUACAUCACUGUACAGUUAAAGUAAAAAUUUGACCGAUGUCAAUUUUGACCACGGUUAAUUUGACAUUUUUAUUAUGAAAUUUUAACAUUCGUUAAACUAACUGGUAUUUCAACAACGCUUUUUGAAUUUAAACCCUGUUAAUUUUACUGUAACUAGAGUUUAACCCUAACCUUGAUGUAACUGAGCUUCAAACAACCGGGCCUUAGUUAAGUCCAAAAAAUGGUUAAUGGUCUAGUUAACUUAUGUUAAAUAAUACUUUAGUAAAAAUUGACAAAGUUAACUUUGUGAUUAACUGUACCUACAUAUGGUAUGCUUUUCCAGUUAAUUAGAAUCAGCAUUUAAAGUUUUGAACCAUUGUUAAUGCUUUUAAUUUUGUGAUCAUGAACUGAUGCUAUUAUGUUCGUUUUAAGCAUAUUUUUUUGUAAAUUAAAGAUUUUUCUUGUAUAGAUGAAUGUGCCAAGUUGUAAAAAUUUUUUUUUUUGUGAGUGAGUUUUGUGGUCUGUGUUGCCAGCUUGAGAUUUCAUUAUAAUGGCAAUUUUACUCCAAUUAGGUAAUAACUUGGAAUAACCAUAUUUUCAAGGUUAAAGUAAAUAAUCAACUGUGCUACAAUCAUCUGCAAGGAUAUUGAGCCCUGACCUUCACCUGCGCAGGUGAAGGUCAGGUGAUUUAUUGGUUUAUUGCCUUAAGUGUACAGUGCGCAAAGCGAUCCCCACUCUUCCGCCGAGAGCUCAUUAUCCGUGCUGAUAACUAUAAAAAACUAAGCAAUAUACAUACUUCAUCCCAACAGUGUACUGUACUUACUGUACUUGGUUAUCCAAUGGUAAAGUUAUUUGGCAGGAACUGUAUUUUUCCUGUUAUAAAGCCAAUUUUUAAAUAAUAAUAAUUUAUCUUCAUAAAUUGGGAUAAGGGCAGAAGGUUGAUGAUAAAGAUGUUUAUUUUAAUUUGUAUAAAAAGAAGCACAAAUUAAACGUUAUUCUUUAGCAAUAAUAUUAUUUUAAGAGACAAAAGAGUAUUUUAUUGUAACAUACCUGUGUAAACUAAUUUAAGCAUAAGUUAUUUAUUUUUAAUUAUUUUAAUAAAAGGUAAACAUUAUUUAUUUUA